GACAGGAGCAACCUUGGAAUUCCUGUUCAAACAACAAAGAAUCCAGAAACUAACAUCCCACACACCCAGCAGAGGAUCUGAGGCCAGUACCACCAAAGAAUGAAAAAGAAACAGUAUAUUUUCCUACUCAUGCUCCUCUAUGCUGUUGAAUAUUGCUUAGCUCAUUCUUGUGCAGUGGAUUCUUUCUCUGUGAAAGAGAACUUUGACCGAAAGAGGUAUGCAGGGAGAUGGUAUGCCUUAGCUAAGAAGGACCCAGAAGGUCUCUUCCUGCAGGACAACAUCUCUGCUGAAUACACUAUUGAAGAAGAUGGCACAAUGACUGCAGCUUCCAAAGGGAGAGUGAAACUCUUUGGAUUCUGGGUGAUAUGUGCUGACAUGGCUGCUCAGUACACUGCCCCAGCCCCCGCCAUACCAGGCAAGAUGUAUAUGACUUACCAAGGUCUGGCUAGCUACCUGUCCAGCGGAGGCGAUGACUACUGGGUGAUUGACACUGAUUAUGUUAACUAUGCUGUUACAUAUGCCUGUCGUACACGGAAAGAGGAUGGAACUUGUGAUGAUGGGUACUCCAUUAUCUUCUCACGCAACCCUCGUGGUUUCUCACCAGCCAUUCAGCGUAUUGUGCGUCAGAAACAGGAAGAGAUCUGCAUGUCUGGCCAGUUCAAGCCUGUGCUGCAGUCAGGGGCCUGCUAAAGACUACAGUUUGAUUCUAAGAAUGAAAGCCGGAUCUCUUGGCCUUGAAGUUGCCAUCUAUCUGAAAAAAAACCCCCAGAAUCAUAGCUUGGACUAGUGUUUUUCCUGGAAAACACUGUUGAAAUGUUUUGUUGUUGUUUGUUUGGUUUUCUGGGAUUUUGGUUGUUUUUUAUUUUAAUUUUUUUUUUGUGGUAACUUCUGUGCAAUACCACACUGGGUAUCUGAAUUUUCAAGGGAAUAACUAGUGUAAUAUUUGUCAAUAUUUUAAAAACACGUGCAUAUUGCUAUGUACAGCAUGUCUAACUUAACCUAAGUUUAUAUCCUAAUUCCUAAGUAAUGAAACCUUGUGGAAUGGUUAGAUCUCUACUGUGAUCCCACUACUUUAUGCUGACUAACAGAAGGAAACAAUUAGAUUUUGGAUCCAGGACCUGUUCAGGUCAAAACAACUUAAAUGCAGAAUAGGUACGUUUAUUAGCUAUGUAUAAACUAUUGUCAAGUAUUAUAAAUACUUCAUCUCCCUGACCAGUCUGGUCAAAGUGCAGUGGCCACUGGAAUGACUGAAUACCCACUAAUUACUCAUCUCACUCACAAGGAAGUAUCAGGUGGAGUUGAAUGAACUUUGGAUUCUAGUCUCACUGGGCAUUUCUAUACAUGCAUUUAUGCUGGCUUAAAUUUACUGCAUAGAAAAUUACUGUGCAGUAAGUGGGAAUAAGCAGACAUCUACAAGUGCAGGCAUUAAAGUGCAUUAACACUGCGUGUGGACUGAUUUGGGACUAAAAUUAAUCCCAAGCCAUUUACCACACACAGCAUCAAUGAGCUUACUGUGCAGUAAUAUGUAGUGGGGGAAAGACAGGCUCGGGGGGAGUGGGGAAGGGGAAUGAAUGUAGUGGUAAAUAGUUUACCAGCAACAUUCAAUCCCCUUCCCCUCAGCCUGUCUCUCCCCAACUGACUCCUUAAUUUACAUCUUCACUGACUGGCUU